AUGCAACUCGGCACAGCUUUUGAGGGUUGUUUUGGUGUACGAAGCGAAGCUCUGAUUCGGAGCUCCUAUUCUGCUGGUGGUUUCAGUAUUCUUGAUUUCAACCUUACGUGGGAUGAUAACCCCUAUUUGUUGCCUAUUUGUUGCCUAUUUGUUGCCAGUUUUUACUGCGCCUGCGUCCCUAGGGCACCAGCCCAGACAGCCUUGCAUGCAAAGAGGGAGCUGUGGACUGGGUACUUGCAGAAGGCAGCCUGCACCCAGACUCCUCACGGCGGUUCAGUUGUGGCUGCACAAGCGCUGCGUGCGGUUUGGCUGAUAGGCAGCAAGCACCUUGAAGAGGUGACUGCUGUGCUCUCGGCCUGGCACCUUCUCACGGUGAAUGCGAAGACCCGGCAAUGCAGCCGUGAGGAGGCCUUUGGAAGGGCACUGUCGCAGCAGAACUCGAAGCUGGCAGCGAAGGCCUUUGUUUGCUGGGCCUCAGCUGCUUCUAUGGCCAUGGUUGGCCGUUGCCGUCUGCAACUGCGGCAGCAGUUGCUGUUGCGCAUUUGGGGCGCCUGGUGGAGUCAGGCGGCCCAGGCAAGGCUUCAAUGCUUGGAGGCGCAGGUCGAAGUGAGAGAUCAUUGGUCAGCGCCUAUGGAAGAUCAAAGGGAUCAAAGGUUGGAUGAGUACCCGCAGAGUUACACUGACAGCUGGAGCACAGAGAUGAGCGAUCAGACCACCUUGGAGCUGUUACAAGGCACUGAAGGCCCAAUGUAUCUACAGGAGUUCGAGGAAAAUCGUGCCUGGUAUUUAUUGGAGGCCGUCUUCCAGCAUCAAACCAGAAAGAGUGGCCACCUGAUCAUGGAAUUAGCUUUUCAGGCCUGGCGAAGAUGUCACGUGGACGUGUUGGCCAUAGCCCGGAGAAAAGCUGCUGAGCUGUUGAGCUGUCAAAGGAUGAAGCAGAGAAGCUUCACUGCAUGGGCUCGGCUUCGAAAAGAGCUAAUGGUCUUAGAAGCCACAUCUGACGUUGAAAGGAUCAGCUUGCUGUGCACUGCCUGGCGGCAAUGGCAUGUCUUCACACAAGCUGGUCCCUUGGUGUCCUGGAAGCGCUUUGUACAAUCAGGACUGCAGAAACUCAGACAUCAAGCGGCUUUGGAGAGCUUGGUAGAUGCGCUAGAUGCGAGAGCCAGCAGAGCUCAAAACAGCCAAAAGGAAGCAACUUCUGGAGUGAUGCACCAGCUUCUUACCCAAAUGACCUUCAUUGCGUGGAAGUCAUGGUGGCAAACGGAGGCAUAUUGCAAGGAAAUGGGUCAAGUCAGACAAGCUCUUGCAAGCACAGAAUCCUGUGCAAAAGUCAUGCUGCGUGACGUUGUCACAGACCUUCAUUCAAACUAUGAUUCGCUCGGUUGCAUGUUGAUUUUCCGCAGUUGGUAUUCCCACCUAGUGAGCCAGAAACUCUGGAGCUGCCAAAGAGGUUUCAGUGCAUGGGCCCGGCUUCGAAAAGAGGGAAUCCCAGAAGUCGCAGCUGACCUGGAAACAGUAACCUUGUUGUCUGCGGCAUGGCGCCAAUGGCAUCUCUUUACAAAGACUGGUCCCUUGGUUUCUUGGAGGCGGUUGGUGCAGUCAGCACUGCAGAGAUGGAGUCGCCAAGUUGCACUGGAGAGCCUUGUUGAUGCACUAGAUGCUCGCGCUGCACGGUGGCAGUUGGAGACAUACAAUCGAAGACCUGCUUUACUUUAUGAUGUGCUAGCAGAGAUGUGGUCAGCAUGGCGAGCUUUGGUUGGAGAGGGCGGCACAGGUUGUUUGGCACGCUGGCGACGUUUGGUGCUUGCGUUUCUUCGGAAGGAGCGCCAUCAGGUGGCUUUGGAGAGCUUGGUAGACGUACUGGCAGCUGAAGCAGGCAAGGACUUUGAUCUCCUUGAGAUAGAUCUCGGGCCUGAAAGCCCAAUGGCCAACCUGUCGGACCUGGGUCUUGUUUUUCAUUGUUGGAGAUUAGCAGCUGGACAUCAUUUCACGCAAACAAGAUAUAAGAGUGCUCUGACUGAGUUGAAACUGCGGGAUGCGAAUUGGUCGCAGUUGCAGGCGGUGUUUCUGCAGUGGGGACUUGUAGUCAGGUCCAUGCGACGUGCAUCCAUACGCAAAUCCUUCAUGAGAGGCCUGGAAACAGCAAUGCGCUUGCAGCAGUGCUGUGAGAGUCAGGUGCAGCGACAAUGGCUGUUGCACUGCACGUUCUGGACUUGGCGUUCAUGGUGCGCUGGAUCCAGACCCAACCAGCUCCAGGAUUACGUGUUUCAGACAACAUCUGACUUGUCUCCCAUCCAUCCCUCUGAAGGUAGGCCACAGCUGUCCAUGGAGGAAUCAAUGUUGAGUUCGACCUUUCUUAGUCCCAAACAACCCGAGGAAGAAGAAGUACCGACCGAGUUGGUAGAACAUGGUGGGCAACCUGAGGAAGAGCAAGCCCCACCUACAGUCUUUCAGCCUUUCAUCACGCCCACGUCACAUACACGAACAGAUUCUGCAGAGGGCCCAAUAGUGGACAGGUUGGACUUAUUCGAUCAGUUUGAUCUAAAGCGGCCUGAGCCUGUCCCGGCACGAGAAGAAGAGAUCCAGAGGAGGAUCUAUUUGAAGCGGCAUUUCUUCCUUGAAGGUGUAAUGCGCAGGUGGCGGAGCAACGCGCUUGCGGCCGCCAAGCAAGCGCCGGAGAUGACAGCGUCGUCGCCCAAAAGAUCCGCCACUCAAAAGCGAACAGCUUCUGAAUCGCCGACCAGGCUCCAACGCGCGGCAUGUUUGGCUCGACUGCUGGAGGAGGCUGAGGCAGCAGCCUUGGAAGCUGUGAAGGGUGCCCAGACAAGCUUGUCAUCACCGGAGGUGCAUGGAGACAGGUGGGGAGAUGAGACCUGGUUGCUGGUCAGUGCCCUUAGCAAAAGUCACUGUGUUUGGUUCAUCCCAGUGGCCCAGUUUUGGCCACGGUGA